AUGGCCUCGACUCGCGCGAUGGGCAGCCAGGCUGAGCCACACACACAGGCACAGUACGCCGACGCUCUUCAGCUCGAUGAGGCGAGGCUCCAGGCGGCUACCUCGUCCGAUCAGGGCGAGGUGUUCGUCAUCGAAUGGCUCGCCAAGGCCGAGCACGCGCUUGCCAACGCCGAUGUCGACACCAUCAAGUCCGUCCAGUCCGCCUUCGAAGCCGCCGUGCUCAAGCUCGCGUGUCCAAGCGUCACUUUUGGCAAGGGUGACGAAUCUGCCAUCGUAGUCGCAGCCAACAUCGCGAUUCCGCGCCCAGGACGGCCCACCCGCCGCCUCCUCGCACGCUGUGUCCUCCUCCUCUUCCGUCGCAUCGACUCGCGCUCGCUCUUCGACAUGCUUCAGAACCUCCUUCGUGUCGCUGGCGAAGAAACAAAGGGCAAGACUGCCGAGCGCGAGGUCCGCGUCGCUGCUCUUUACAUCCUCGGUGAGGUCUUCGGCGCGCUUGGCCAGCAGAUCAUGUCGCUAUUCAACGAGGUCGUCAUCGUCACACAGAGAGUGUUCAAGCAAGCAAGCCAUCCCGUCAUCCUCCGCUACCACGCCCUCCUCACGCUCCAAAAGACUCUCCAGGUCGCAGGAAAGAGUCUCGGAGAUCAGUCCGGCAAGGAUCUCAUCAAGGCGCUCCGUCAGGCGCUCGCAGAUCGCGCCGGCGCCGUCGUGCGUGGAAGCGCAGAAUGCCUCCUCGCCGUCGUCCAGAAUGCGCAGCUCAUCACAACGCGCAACGAGGUCGAGACGCUCCUCGCUCCAGCGCUCAAGAGCAUCGAGUCCGCCGACUUUGUCACCAAGCGCGCGCUCAGCCGCACCAUCGCCGGCCUUCUCGCCGCCACCCAGAUCGAGCAGGCGCCUCCCGCUCCGCCAACCACAAAGAAGACCGCCAAAAAGAACAAGGACGGCGCACAGGCUGGUGACGACGAUUCCGACGACGACGAUGCCGUCGUGUCAGCUGCAGCCGCCGCCGCCAGCGCGCCUCGCGCCAUGAUGACGCCCGUCGGCAUGCUCGACCAGCUCUCGCUUCCCUUCCUUCGAAGCUCAUCCAGCCGCAAGACCCGCGCUGCGCUCCUCGACGUCUACGCCACCCUCUUCGAGUCUCUGGGUGCCUCCUGGGUCGUAGCAAACUACACCGUCAUCCUCAAGCAUCUCAUCGACGACCUUCCCAACCACUCGCGCGGUUCUUCGCUCAGCCGCGCAGACGUGCUCAACGUCCGCACCGGCGUCACCGUCAUCCUGCGCAAGCUCGUCGGCGAGAGGAUGCUCGGCGAGCAGGCUCAGGUUCUCGCCAUCCAGGAGAUCUCGAUCAACUAUCUCAAGAGGUGGCCCGCCGUCAUGCCGGAUCAGCAGCCUCCGUCCAAGACCACCCUCACCCUCGCUCUCGCAGAGGUGGCCGGCUUGCUCGUUCAGCUCGGAAGCGUUCCCCCGCAGGUCCUCGACGUCGCAUACGACCCCCUCAUCCGCUGCCUCGCCCACCCCAGCCACUCGGUCCAGACCCACGCCGCCUGGUGCCUCAAGACCCUCUGCCAGGUCGCACCCAUCCACCUCUCCUCCACCCUCACCGCCGUCUUGGAGUUACUCAACCGCGACCUCACCACCCUCACAAAUGGCUCGGCCUCGGUUGGCGCCGCACAGCUCUCCAAGCGCGCAAACGGACACGCCAAGGGUCUCGCCGCCCUCAUCAGCAUCGUGCCUCAACGUCCACUCUACACCUCCUUUGCCAUCAGCUCCAAGGUGCUCUCCCUCGCCAUCCAGCUGCUCAAGAACAGCGGCAACCACGACCUCGCCGUUUCCUCCGUCGAGAUCUCGGUCGCCUGGACCCUCAUCGCUUCCCUCAUGUCGCUCGGGCCCAACUUUGUCCGCCUUCACCUUCCGCAGCUGCUCAUCCUCUGGCGCAACUCGCUGCCCAAGCCAACCUCCAAAGACACCGCGCCAGCGCCUUCCACGCGUUCGGACGCAGAGUCGGCCUUCCUCCUGCACGUCCGAGAGAGGACGCUCAGCUCGAUUCUCGCUUUCCUUCUGCACAACGGCUCGACACUAGUCACGCUCGACACGGCACGACGCAUCGUCGCCCUGCUCAGCAACGCGCUCGCCUUUGCCGAUGGUUUCGUGGCCCAGAACCCGCACCUUCUGCAGGAACACACGCCGGGCGCAGGUCGCUCUGCGCUCUCGUUGCUCGAUCGCGAGUUCCUGCUUCGACGCCGUCUCUUCCAGUGCCUUGGCGUGCUUGCUCAGAACCCGGCCAUGGAGCCCAUGCAGGCCGGUCUGAUCAAGUCCACCAUCCAGGUGUUUGCCGACCCGGAUCGCUACGUUGGCAGCUCCGCACAGGCGGCCAUCGCCGCGAGCGCCGGCAACUUCACCAGCGUCUGGGAGAUGGCCGACGGCUACGCGUUUGGCGUCACCAGCUUGCAACGCGACGCCGAGACGUUUGUCUCGGAUCCCGUCGAUACGCUCAACGCAUGCAGCGCCACCGCCCGCAUCGAUCUGCUCAAUCGCGAUCUGAUCGAAGUGCAGCUCGACGCGCUGCAACGACGCCCCGUGCUCGGUGCGGCCGAGCACGACGAGCUCUUCCUCUACUCGGCGGUCCGUCCGUCUUCGACCAGCCAGACUUCCACCGACCUGAGCCGUCUUGGUAGUCACUUGGAGCUGCGCGAGUCAGCGCGUUUGUCGCCUUCGGCGGCCACGGGCGUCGUCGAUGCCGCCAUCCAGCUCUUUACUGUGCUGCUCCCCUACCAGGAACGCGACGUCCAGGUGGCGGCCAUCGAGGCCAUGCUCGCCCACACCAAGAGCACGAAACUCGACAGAAAUCCGGGCCGCAAGCAGGCGAUCCAGGUCAACGUCGUCGUCGCCAUCCUCGGUGCGCUCCGUGUGGCUGUUCAAGGAGGAACGGGCGCCAGUGGCAAGCGACCCGGUGGAUUCAACAAUGACCGUCUCAGCGCAUCCAUCAAGGACCUGCUUCAGGAAGCGCUUCUGCAGGCAGACCCAGCUCUGCGCGCGGCGGCGAGCGAAGCGUAUGGCAAGUUGGCGGCUGUGGCGGGCUCGCAAGCCUUGUCUAGCCAGGUGCAGUUCCUCGUAGACCAGAUCGUGGGCAACCGCGACCCGGAUGCGCGAGCCGGAUGCGCACUUGCCUUUGGCUCGGUGUACAAAGAGGUCGGUGGUCUCGCCGCCGGCCCGCUCACCAAGACCAUUGUCAAUGUGCUCAUGUCGCUCUCGAACGAUCCUCAUCCGACGGUGCACUACAAUGCGCUCGAGGCGCUUCACGUCGUAGUCGACUCGGCCGGUCUGAGCUACAGUCCGUACGUGGCGAGCACGCUGGGGAUGCUCGUCAAGCUGUACAUGCUCGACACGCACGAGCCCGAGGGAGGCAGUGCGGGCUCGGUGAACCUGCGCGCGGAUCUGCCGGCGCACCAGGCGGUGUGUCGCGUGGUGAAUGCGCUCAUUGGCGUGCUGGGUCCCGACCUGCAGGAAUCGGCGCGCGUGCGCGGCCUCAUCCACUGCCUGCUCUCCGAGUUCGCGCACGAGAGCGAUGCCGGCGUCGUGGUGGAGUCGACCAAGGCGCUGCAGCACUUCAACCUGUUUGCGGCGCAGUUUGUCGACAUCGCCAAGUGGAUCGCGCAGCUGCGCACGCAGCUCAACGGCAAACAGCGCACGCUCAAGCUCGCCGCCACCACGGCCUUCUACCAGCUGGUGCAGCGCGAGGCGCUUGCCAUGAGUCGCAUCGGCGGCGACCAGCUCGUCGAAGAGUUCUUUGCGCAGCUCGACGAGGAUCCCAAGCUGGACGGCGCGCGCGAGGUGAUCAUCAGCUGGCUGCACAAGACGGCCGAUCUGGCACCCAGCGGCUGGAUCGACCUGUGCCAGCGCAUCAUGUCUUCCGCGCCGGCUCGCCAGACGCCUUCGGACGCCAGCAAGCGCAAGGAUGCACAGCCGAGUCUCGCCACCAUGCUGCAGGAUGAGGAGGCGGCGACCAUCGACCUGGGCGCCGACACGAAUGCAGUCAAGCUCAACGCGACCGGUGGCAGCCGUUGGCGCACGCAGCUGUUCGCGCUCCAGUGCCUGCACCAGGUGUUUGUGACGGUGCGCAAUGCGGGCAAGCACGAGCACUUCAGCACGCCGUCGGGCGCAAGAAACGACGCGGCUUCGCCCCAGCGUCGGCUGCUGAUGAGCAGUCGCGUCGUCGACCUCAUCCGCAUGGCAUUCACCGCCAGCACAUCGGCCAACAUCGAGAUCCGGCUCGAGGGCCUGGUGGUGCUGCGCGACGUGAUUGAGGCGUUCAAGCUGGCGCGCGAUCCGGACUUUGAAGAGGCGCUGCUGCUCGAGCAACACCAGGCGCCCAUCACCGCCGCGCUGACGCCGGCGUUCCUGGCCGACUCGACACCCGAAGUCCUCGCCGCCGCCGUCGAGGUGUGCGCGGUGUUCGUGUCGUCCGGCGUGAUCAAGGAGGUGAGCCGCAUGGGGCGGAUCCUCAAGCAGCUCGUGUCGGCGCUCGACAGCUGCAUGCAGCCGAGCAUGGCGCAGCUGGGCGAUGUCAAGGAUCUCUCGCAGAACGCCAAUGCCAUGCUCAAGAUCGCCGUCUUCACGGCGUGGGCCGAGCUGCAGACGGCGAGCGCGACGCAGAGCUAUCUGGUGGACGUGGUCAAGCCGCACGUGGCGCGCGUCGCGCCGUACUGGAUCGCGUGUCUGCGCGAGUACGCCAAGAUCCGCUCCGACCCCGAGAUGGAUGCGGGCGGCGCACCCGGUGGACCGGGACCCUCGAUCAACGCCAGCCUCGACUCGCAGUACGCCGGUCUGGCGCGCGAGGUGGUGCUGCCGUACCACGAGCGCUCGUGGCACAAGAUCCUCCAGGCCGUCACGGGGCUUCUUUCCGACAACGACGCCGUCGUGCUAGCGGCCAUGGAUGGCGGCACGAGUCCGGCGCCGGCGGGUGCGCCACCCAAGGCACGCAGCGAGCCUUGUCUGUUCUUCUUUGUGCUGUACGGACUGGCGUUCGAGGCGCUCGCCACGCGGUCGUCGACGAGCAUCGAGACGGCGCACGAGGGGCAGGUGCUGCGCAUCUCGCUGCGCGCCAUGACGGCGCUGAGCAAGCCGCCGGUGGCGGGCACGGCGCUUCUGCAGGAGGCCCUCUUUUCGGAGCUGUGCAAUCUGUGGUAUCGGCUGGUGAUGACCGAGCCGCCUGCGGUGCAGAUCUCGGUGCUCGAGACGAUCGGAGGCAUGGCGGCAUCGUACGGCAAGCUGCUGCUGUCAUCAGACGACGAGGCGGCGGCCGAGGCGGGCAAGUUGCCGGGCGAGGCGAAGCUGAGCCAGUGUCUGCGCGUGGUGGUGUGUGUGCUGCAGCACGUGCGCACCGCGCGCGGCACGGUGGACGACAAGGCGGCGCUGCUGCGCGUGGCCUACUCGGCGUACAUCGGCAUCGUCGGUCUGUACCCCAAGGCGGUGCAGGAGGAUCUGUUUGCGGUGGGCUUCUACACGUAUGCCGAGAUGCUGCGCGACGAGACGUCCGAGCACGACAUUGUGGGUGCGGCGUUGAGCCCGCUCAAGGACCUGUGUGAGCGGUCGGCCAAGUCGGUCAAGCCGGGAAGCGAUGUGCUGCAGCGAGCGGUGCAUGGAUUUUUGUCGCAGGCGCUGCAGCAUGUGGACGACCUGCGCACACGCUCGGGCCGUGUGGCGCUCAACAAGACCAAGAACAGCCUGCUGGCGGUGGUGGUGGUGCUCACCUCGAUCCCGGUCAACGUGAAAGUGUCGCAGGCGGUGGCAGAGCAUGCGUGCUACCUGAUUGUACAGAAGCUGCUGCGCUUCGAGGAGGAGGUGGAGCAGUGGCAGCAGACGCGCAGCGAGGAUGCACUGCCCGAAGGCGUCGAGGAGAUCGGACUGACCGCGGUCAAUUGUGCGCGCACGGUGGUGCUGGCUUCGUCGCGCGGCAAUGCAGCGCUGCUGUACUGCGUCGGACAGCUGCUGCCGGGACUGAUCGAGUUCAUCUGCCGUGCAGGGCCGUUGGUGGCAUCCUCGGCCGCCGGAGCACGUACGCCACUAGCCGCGCUGCGCGGAGCGGUCGAGGACGUGAUCAAGACGUUCUCAGGCCUCGUAGCCACGCUUCCCGCCGAGGGUGACUUCCGUGCACGCGCGCUGGGGAUCAUCAUGCCGACGUUGCUGGUGCUGCUCUCGCCCUCGGCGGCUGCGGGCACGCCCGGUGCGGACAUGCACGUCUUCACCACACGCCAGCUCAUCACUCUCGCCGCGCAGCAUGCUGCGGCGUUCAAAGAAGCCACCGCCGCCCUGGCGCCCGAGCGCAGGACCGCCCUCGAGACCGCAGUGAGGGCCCAGCUGAGCGCAGGCACACAGCCGAGUGCCAGUGCACCGGCGGGCGGCAAGAAGGACCAACAGGCUUCCAUCGCACUCAAGUCGUUCGGCGCCUAG